AUGCCCACGCGUAAUCAAGUGGGUGUGCACUUCCGUUUAAUGUGUAAAACGCGCAAAAAACGCGCAAAACGCGCUUUAGGGACAACACUGGGUCUGAUGGAGCAAGAUCUUGCAUAUAGAUUUGAUAUUUCACAGUCUACAGUAUCAAGAAUCGUAAUGACAUGGAUUAAUUUCAUGUAUCUUGAAUUUAAGAAGAUACCUUUGUGGCCACCUAAAGAGCUCGUUCAGGCGAAUAUGCCAAAGAUAUUCAAACAACAGUAUCCAAAUACUAGAGUCAUACUUGAUGCUACUGAAGUUUAUAUCGAUCAACCCCAUUUGCCUGAUAUCCAACAGAUGACUUUUUCGAAUUAUAAAAACAGCAACACCUUUAAGGUUCUUAUAGGCAUCUCACCUGAUGGUGUGGUAACCUUUAUUUCCUCUCUUUACCCUGGCUUCAUCUCUGACAAAGAGUUGACAAGGCAAAGUGGUAUUUAUACAUUGCUUGAACCAGGAGAUUCUGUAAUGGCAGAUCGAGGAUUUAAUAUUGAAGAUGACUUGAUCUUAAAAGGAGUUCAACUAAACAUUCCACCAUUUUUGCGGGAUAAGAAGCAGUUUUCAGAGAACGAGCUUGUCAUUACUCGUCGCAUAGCAUCUCUCCGCAUUCAUGUAGAGCGAGCCAUGGAGAAAAUCAAAAACUUCCAUAUCUUUGACCGGUCACUACCAGUACAAAUGACAGAUAUUGCUAACAGAUUGUUUUUUGUUUGUUGUGUUUUGACUAAUUUUCAAGAGCCAUUGUGUACUUAA